AGCUCGGAAGAUACUUAGUUGGUGACGUUUGUGGCGCUUGUGUGAGAAGAAUGAUGUAUGCGCUGCCAGAAGUGAAUUGAACGUUUGAAAAUACUGAUGCAGAUCGAUGUGUAAUUUAUGGCGAUAAAUUGUUGAAGGUAAUUCAUUGAGGAAAUGGAGCUGUUCCGUACUGACACGCAUUUUAUAUUCGUCAAAGAGCAGCACAGCCUGUGGUGUGACAAGUUGACUGGUGAAUUUACUGCUAGAUCAGACUGGGAAUGGGCGACAGCCAUCGAUCCGGAAUGUCUUGGUACGUUCUACGGUGUAAUGGGAAAGAUCGAACAGCCCUCUGUUUUGGAUCCUCGUAUAAUGCUGAUAAAGGAGGUUGAACCUGUUGGCGAGCUUCACGGCGGGCACGUGGUCUUCAAGAUCAAGUCCGUUGCAUUUUUGCCACUUGGAAUCGACAGUAUAGAUGUUGGCCUACUACCUUGCAAGAAGCAUCAAAAUUUGCCGCGAAAAAAAGGCCAGGGAGGACUCUUCGACAUACCGCAAAAAGCCAGCUUUGCAAAGACUUGGGGCUCUAUCAAAAGUGCAACAAACACGAUAAAAAAUACAACACAGCAGGCUGCUGCCUUGGCUACAUCACAGGUGAAAAGUACAGUGAUCAAGAGAAGUAGUAGCAAAGAGCGAGAGAAAUUUGAAAAACGCAUACUUGAUGAGCUCGGCAAAAUAUUUAUGGAAACAGAUUCUUUCUUCUUUUGUCGAACCGGCGACAUCACCAACACUCUUCAGAGACAGUCUGCACAGAGAGAAUUAGGCAAGGGUAGCUGUGACAGGAGCAAACCGCUCUGGCAAAGAGUUGAUGACAGGUUUUUUUGGAACAAACACAUGCUUCAGGAUAUCAUCAACUUAAACAGUGAAAAGGCUGACUGUUGGAUAUUGCCCAUUAUUCAAGGCUAUGUACAAAUCGAGCAGUGCAAGGUUGAGAUCGGUUAUGACAGUCAGCAGCAGUUCGAGACUUUCAAUCUCGCAAUUAUAUCCAGAAGAAGCAGGUUCAGAGCUGGAACCAGAUACAAACGUCGCGGUGUAGAUGAUGAGGGAAAGUGUGCUAAUUACGUUGAAACGGAACAACUGGUUUGGUAUCACGAUCAUCAAGUGUCCUUUGUACAGGUGCGCGGAAGCGUUCCUGUAUUCUGGUCGCAACCAGGAUACAAGUACAGGCCGCCACCCAGAAUAGAUAAAGGAGAGGCCGAGACACAAGUUGCGUUUGAGAAACAUUUCAAAGACGAGCUGUCUUUGUACGGGCCAAUUUGUGUGAUAAAUCUCGUCGAACAAACCGGGAAAGAAAAAAUUAUAUGGGAGGCUUACAGCAAUCAUCUGUUGAUGUUUGAUCAUCCUGAUUUGACCUAUGCUACAUUCGACUUUCACGAAUACUGUCGAGCGAUGCAUUUUGAAAACGUAUCGAUACUCAUUGGCUCGUUGGCUAAUAUUAUAUCAGAAAUGGGCUACUGCUGGCGAGACAAGCAGGGCACGAUUUGCACCCAGAAAGGCACGUUUCGUGUUAACUGCAUAGACUGCCUGGACAGGACAAACGUUGUGCAAACCGCCCUGGGAAAGGCAGUCAUGGAAAUGCAAUUUACAAAGCUGGGAUUAAUUCCACCAGAAGGAACACUACCCGCCAAUAUUCGCCAGACCUUCCAGCUACUCUGGGCGAACAACGGUGACAUUAUAAGCAAGCAGUACGCCGGCACUAACGCUCUCAAGGGUGAUUACACCAGGACCGGGGAAAGAAAGUUAACAGGACUGAUGAAGGAUGGAAUGAACUCUGCGAACAGAUAUUUUCAACAACACUUUAAGGAUGACCUGCGUCAGGCAGCUAAUGACAUCCUCCUAGGGUAUCCAAUUCUCAUUGACGAACUCAAGAGAGAUUGGUCUGACUACUUAAACAUCAUUGACAAUUGCAGUCGCGAUUUAAUACCCAUACAACCGCCACCCAUAGAGUUAUUCAUCGCCAAUUGGCCAGAAUUUUUAUACGCUAACCUCAUGUACCACUUAGGCAGAUACUAUUUGAAUCGUUUCAAAGAUGUCUACAGGCAGGCGACAAUUGAUAUGAUGUUAGGAAAUCCAGUUUCCGAAGAAAUAUUCCAGGAACGAAAUGACGAAGAAGAUAAUGCAGCAACUGCCGAUCAUGUCAAGUUGCUUAUUGAGGACUGCAAAAAACUUCUGAUUCCGGAUCCAGAAUUUAUUCUUGGAAGUUGGGGACUCAUAGAUGCAGAUCCGGUAACUGGUGACCCAACGGAAACUGAUAUGGAUACGAUACUGAUCCUUACGCGGGAUAGCUACUACGUCGCUGAUUACGAUGAUCAGAUUGAUAAGGUGACGAACUACCAGCGGGUGUCAUUGGCUGACAUUACACAGGUCGAGUUCGGCCAGCCUGAGAGCACCGUUUCGUUGUUUAAAAACAAACAACAUCACUGCGUACGAAUUAAUUACAAGGUGAAUGGCGAAUUGGGCUUUUUUCACAUGUUCCGGUCGACUAAUCUAAGGUUCUUCAACAACAUGGCUGUGGUGAUAAAAACCGAAGAAGAAACUGUAGAAUCUCUAAGGGCCAUCUGUGAGGCGAUAUCUGUCGCAAUGGAGAUCGCCGAGUUGCCCAAUAUUCCUGUCGCUAUGAAUGUCAUCCUGGACAGACGACGAAGCAAAUUAGUACACUCGAAGGGGUCUACUGGACUUUUGGACAUCUCAUCGCUUCCAGAAUUAACAAGGAACGUGUCCGAGACGCAAUUGUUAGCUCUGAAAAGUGCAGGGACCAAAGCUCUGAGCAACAUGACAGAGCAAUUCAGCAAACUGAAUAAACUGAGUCACAGUUUCAACGCGAAGAGACCGAUAGAUAUAGCGAAAAGCUUGGAACGAAAACUGGAAGGAUCCUCUCCUAAGCCCAUUUUCACUGUGGGAAGUCGCGACAUAGAAGGGAAUUCGAACAGGAAAUCGAUCAACAGUAACAGCAGCAGCGAGGACGACGCGAACGCUGAAGUUUCUCCUGAUCAGAUUCAGUUGGAGAAUCGGCACCAGAGUUUUGUCCGGGAUGAGAGACUUCCGGAAGCCUACAUGCCGACGGUGGGAAUUGUAAUGGGAGUGAAGAACGAGGAAAAAAGUGGACACGGAAAGAAACAGGCCAAGGAAUCGUUGGGCAGAAAUGUUCACAGCGCUUCAUACCUGGAGGAAAAUCCUGACGUGGAGCCAAUCGUCGACAGACUGAACCUCAUAUCGACGACAAAGUCCGGAGCGAGCACGCUGAGUCCGUCGCCACAGAAAACCGCUGCCACUACACCCGAGAUCACGAUUCAGGGUGUCGGCGAAGGUUGUAUUGAUGACAAGGAGAAAGUCACGCCUCCAAACACUCUGAAUCUCUCUAAGAACAUCAGCCAUUCGUCGGGUGAAGUCGACCACAACGCGAUGCGCCAAAAUUCCCCGGCUAGCACUCUGUUCAACGACGAAACUCAUAGUAGAAUGCAGGACAAGAAGAGAGCGAACUCCGAGCAGGAUUUGACCCUUAAUAUCACUUCGUCCCAGAGCGAAUCGGCUCUCAAAUCAAUCCGAAGCAAUAUCGUAAAUAUCGCGAACGUUACCAGUCCGGUCGCUGUUUCGGCUAAAGAUAUUCUAUCACCGUUUUCGAAGUUUGCUAAAGGCGUGCAGAACUUGGGAGCCAAUCUGGAUCCCAGAAAAUUGAAACAGGGUCAGGCUGGUAUGCCCAGAAAUUUGUCCGACCAUCACCUUGAGCAGCAACAGAGACUGCAAGAGAGGUGGGGCAAAUGUAAGUCGAGAUUGAUAGCUUUGUAAAUUCUGAAUUGAGAUAUGGAGCUGAUUCGGCAAUGCGGAGAGUUCAGAAAAACAUCAUAGUUAUAUUACAAAUAUCGCACAGAUCAGAGUUUUAUCUAGAAUAGCCCUACUUUUCACGAGUGGUGGAAAACCUAGCAAGGUAGAAACAUUUAUGUUUGACACUGCAGAUGAAGUUUGAAAUUUGACUCUCGUGUUGGAAAAACACUUAUCAUCGAAAAAUGGGUGCAAUCGUCGGUAGCAAAUUUUACGCUGUAAGGUAAUUUGUAGGAUCGUAAAAAAAAUUAGACAGAAUGUAGUAAGAAAAUGAAGCUAAGUGUUACAGAUGAUUAUUGACCACUAAUUAGGGUAGUUCGAUUAUUACUAUUUAUCGAUACGUAACGUAACGGCCUUAUUGACGGUAAGAUCAUUUGCGCUUUCCAAUUAAUCGUCUCUGACGUUUAAGUAAUUUAGUAAUGCAUAUGAAUUAGGUGUAAGUCGAUUAACGUAAAAAUGUUCAAUUUGCGUGCGAAUUUUUAGCGGUAUCCGAAGUCGUAUUUAUAGUUCUUUAAAAAAAGAAAAACAGCUUACACAAGUGCUCGCAUGAAAUUAACUUGCGUAUGUCAUAAUAAGGCAUUUACUGUCUAUAUAGCAAUAAAAAAAGCGUGUCAACGAAAAGUUUUAAUGGAAAAAAAUGAAAAAAAUUUACUGUAUCAAGACGACAGUAAGAAGCGUCGGUUAUUUGAUAGGCUGAAAUAUGACUCAAACUAUUUAAUUAUCACUUAUCAUAUGCGAUAUUUAAUUUAUUUUAUUCCACAUCAAACCGCGUUGCUGAAUUGGCGAGCCAUCAAAUGCAAGAAGGUGGAGCAAUCUCUUGAUGUAUACAAUCGUUUUAGAAAAUAGCCUGUAGAUACACAUAUUUACAAGCGAAAUACAAAGAGUCAAUUCUU